AUGUUCUAUAGACUGGCCCUUCUAUGCUCCAGCAACGCCAACUGGGACGAAGCCUCCUUCGCCAUCUACACCCUGAUCACCCUCCCAGCCUCCUCCCUCUCCGCCCUCCUCACGACCCUCAACGACGAAUGGACCCAAAACAUGACCGACGAAGCGCCGCCCCUCGUGCGCACGCCCCCCGUGUAUGACUUCACGGGAACUAGUCUCCGAGAGGUGGUCCAGGCGCACAGCGCGCUGGACAAGGGCUUCACGCCGCGUGACGACAGCGGCGCGGACGGGAAUAUCCAGUGGUACCCGACGGCGUUCAUUGUCGUGACCAGUCUGGAUUGGAGGGAGAGGGGGCUGGUGUUUGUGUAUGUGGAUGGGGAGGACAGUGGGUUUGCCAUGGAGAAGUUUGUGUUUAUGGUGGAUGAUGCGUAUCUGAUGCUGUCGAGCUUGAGUUUUGGGGAUGAGAGUCUCGCGGGAAGUCGGGAGAAUUAUGGGGUGGGGGAGUGA